AGCAGCCCGGCCCUGCCCCGCCCCCCCAGCGCGCGGUGCUCGCGCGCCGCGCCGUCCCGCCUUCCCGCGCCGCGUGACCUCGGCGCUCCGCAGCCAUUAUCCCGAUUAUCCCAUUAUCCCGCGCCAGCCGACGGAACGCGACGGGAUCGGGCGGUCGCCGUCACCGCCCUGACGUGGGCCCCCGCUUCCCGCGGGAGCCGGACCGAGCCAGUGCCGUUCCUCCCUGCGCCGGGAAGCGAAGGUAGAAGGGGAAGGGGCGGCGGGAGGCGGCAGCGGAGCUGCCUGGGAGCUCCUGGAAGCCUGGCGGGAUGGGGGUGUAGGGGUAUGUGAGGAAUGGGCGGCCGGCCGGCCCCGUUGGGCUUGCGCCCCGGGUGCAGGGCCUUUGGUUUUGGGCCUCCCUGGGGGAGGCAGGAAGGCCCGAGGGGAUGUGGUUGUACAGCGCUGGUUACGGGAAUGUUAAAUUUCCCCGUUAUCAGUGUGGGUGUGACACGGACGAGGGAAACGGUGCCGGGGAGAAAGGAUGGUUCCCGAUAUCGAAUCAGCCUUGACGGUCGCUGGAGGAACUUCCUUUCGGGCAUGGCUGUGCUUCAGGCGCCUGUGCCUGAGGUGCCCCACGCCUCCCUGCGCCUUUCCUGCCCUGAUUGCAGAUGCCCGCAAAGCCCCGUGAGGGACCGCAGCGGGUUUUAUGCCCCUCGCUGCAAGGCACUAUUGUGUUGCCCGUCUUGAUUGUGCUGUACUAUGCAACCAUUGCAGGAUUAUUUCCGUUAUUUCCCCUUUGCUUUGUAAACCUCCUACUUUUCGCCUUUAAUUCUAUGAAAAUCAGGUUCUUGUUUUGUGUGUCAUGUUGAUCCUUUACGAAGUCAGUACAACCCAUCACUUGUUUAUCUCGGAGAUCGAAGUUUUGUCCUCAGAGGAGCAGUUAAAUUUUACUACAGAAAGACGUGAGGGCAUGCAAAACAAAGGUGCUCCUGACUCCCGAGUAGUCACUGCUUAAGCAAUGCAAAUGUAUAGAAAUAUCACUUAGAAUGGUUGUUCUUGGUGUGGGAGGGAUUAGUUAAACAGCGUGGAGUUGCAGGAAAAUGCUGUCUAGCUGCUUUUCUUCUCCCUCCUCCUCGUCCUCCUCUCUGAUAAUCAUGUCGUUUUGGACAAAAGUAGGGAAAAUGAGGACGGGGUAAUGGCUUUGGCACUGAGGUGUGCUCCAGGCGUGCAUCUAUCUUGUGUCACAGAAAGUAAGAAUUGCAUCCUCCCACUUGUCGCUUUUGAUGUUGAGUGACAGGCUGUGCUGAAUGGCCAGACGGGGUUCGGUGUGUUACAUAUAUCGGUGCUUGGAGCUGGAGUGCCUCUUUCCUGGGCAAGGCUUUAGCUUGCAAGCCUGUGUGGAGCAACUUCUCAGGUGAGGGUUGGGGCUGGCAGAAUCCUGGGGGCAGGAGGUAGGAGCACGUACCAUGGAGAAAAGCCUGUUCGCAUUGAGAAUGCAGAAAACUUGAAGUGGUCGUAGGAAUCUAGAAAAAAAUCAGCUCCUAGUUUGGAGCUAGGAUGCAGAUAUUUGGAUGGAUUAUAUUCAGGCUGGUUGUCAAGGAGAGGUAGUGCAGUAGGGGUUUGUGGAAUGCCAAAGAACAUUUGUGGUUUGUUUACAGGUAGGGGAGGUAGGUGAAGAAAGCUACUCAAGAAAGUGCUCUGUUUGUCAGUGUGCGAGUUUCUCCCAAAGGUAUUCUGAAAAAGCGUGUUGCUUGCUUGUUCAUUGUGCUGGCACUGGCCUCAUGCAGCUUUGUGGUAAUUGGGAUCUGAGAGGUGAUGUGCCUGAAAAGGCAGCUUUUGUCCAGAGUAGUUUUCUUAGGGAUCACUGCUGCAGCUCACCAAGCACCUCUGAGGGUGUCAGUCUUGGAACAAAUGAGGGCGGGAAGAUUGCCUUUUCUGCAGCAGCAAUUCGUGUAGUUCAUAGCAGAGACUGGGGAGACCGUGGUGUAAAGGGGUAUGAAAACACGGUGUGUAAAACACACACACAAAAACAACAAAGGCCGUCCAAAACAGUAUGUGUCCAAAAGCAUGCUAAUUCCUUUUUGUGUAUGCACCCAUUUCUCAGUCACUUCGGUUUCUUUGUUUUUUUAGUUAGAGGAGAAACGUGGUUUUGUUUGCUAUUAGUAUUACAUAAAAGACAGCUAACAAUCAUAUGAUGGUUUUGCAGAGGUGAUUUUGCUGUUACUAGGAUGCUGAUUUUUUACUUCAUUUAGAAAUAUUUUGUGUUAUUUUCGGUAUAGAAAUUAAUGAGUUGGGGGAGAAGAAGGCCUUUUUGUGUUUUACUGUUUCCAUUAUAUUUUCAGCAUAUUAAAUGGGUGAAGUAGUGAUUCCCACCUCUUGUUUGUAUGUAAUAGUUUGGGCAUAUUUGCCAUGGAAUUUUAGUUUUUGAAGGAAUCCAAGUCACCGAUGAUCUAAGUAGGAUGGGUUUAAGUGACUAUAAAAUGCAUUCUAUUCUUAUGUAUGAUGUGCCACUGCUAGAGUUUUGGACAUUAAAAAAAAAAGGGGGGGGUAGAGAGUGGAUAAGAAAGCACAGCAGAUGUGCAAGCACUGAAUAGAUGACUUACAGUGUUGUCUCAUUAAGACUGACUUUAUUUAUUUCUGUGGGUGUAUUAUGAGAAACUACUACAAAUUCUGUGGAAUUUUAUGAAGACUGUCCUAUCCCCUUUUGUGUUGUCAUGGUUGUAUAAUCAUCCCGUCUUUUGAAGCCUGACUCUCUGAAUGAAAACUCAUUUUGGCAAUAGCUUGUGAAUUACUUAAACAAGAUUUUUAUUUAAAUCUACCUGACAGUUCUCAAAUAAUGUUUAAGCAAGAGAAAUGCAGACUAUGAAAUAGCUAUAAAGGAAGGGUAGCUAAAAUAAUGGAUCUAAGAGGAAGCAGUGUUUUGCUAGAGUAAGUGGGUAUAACUGUCCUAAAAUGUCUUAAACUUUACAUGUGAUGUAUAACUUGUUAAACGGCUUAAGAGAUGUGUUGUAUCUACAGUCUGUGGACUCUGACGAAACUCCAAUGCCACUGGCAUAGUGAAGACUGCUAAAAAUACUAUAUAAAAGGAAUUGGUUACCAUUUUCCUUGUCCUUCUUAUGUUUUAUUAAACAUAGCAAAUGCUGACAGUGUCACUUACUUCCUUCUUAUUGUGUUGCUUGUGAUGGGAUAAGCCCAAUUGUGUUUUAUAUCUUGUUUUUGCUUGAUGGUCGCACUUGCUGGCCAAGACUGAUUGAAGACACCCAAAGAAGAAGACAUCCUGUUGUUUUUUUCAUUAAGAAACUUAUCUGGAUGUGAUUCAAUAACUGACAAAUGAUGGACUAGCCAAUUUUCAGAAAAUGUCGUGGUUUCUGUGUUAAGUCUUGGUUGUUUGGGUGUGUUUGGUUUUCGUUAUUUUGACUUUAUAUGUGUGUGUUUAUUUUGGUGAGGUUUUUUGUUUUUUGGUGGGGUUUUUUGGUGCUUUGGUUUUUAUUUUUAAAGUUGCUUGCAAGUAUUGUUAAAAAUCUUAAAUACCACUAAGUUUGUUGCUUCUCGAGGCUGUGCCAGGCUGGUUUCAGGGAAGCUUUAAGUUUGUGGUGCUGCCAAAAGAAGCAGUUCUGCCCAGCUGCUAUUUCAAUUUCCCUGUGUUGGCCCAAGUGUUUGUGGGCUGUGUAAUGAACCAUACAAAAAAAAAGUUGUACUGAAAGUGAUCCAGUAUGUGGGUGCAGAAAUACUUAGACUGGCAUAGGAAAGAUCAUCAGGAAUGUGAGGAAAUACAGGAUAGGAGAGAUGGGGCAGUUUCUUUAAACUAGCAGAGCCACCUUAUUCUGUGGAGCUGCAGCAGCUUCCUUUGUAAAAUCCAGAUUUUUUUUUUAACAUGGCAGUGAAAUGGUUGAGGGCCAGGCAUCUCCUUUCAAUUAUUUAGGGUGGAAAGUGAGGAAAAAGAGGGAAUAGGCUCUAGUGUGGACUAGAGCCCUGGGGUUUCAGGCACAGGCCAUGUUCCUAGCAGAUGUGGUCCUCUCUUAAAAAUGCUGGGUGAUAGUGACGGCACCUUUUCACAUGGUUGAUGCACACAUCUGGCAGUGUGGGUCUCUUCUGAGAGCAACAAAUAAUGCUCUUUCUCAUUGCUCUUGACUGUGCCCUUGCUUGAUGUGGUGUAGCCACUGCAGCCUGGCCAUGAGCAGGAAGAGGCUGUGGGUGAUUUCCUUUGCUGCUGUGAACCAGGGUGUUGUGUCUGUGGUGCUCUGAGGGUGGGUAUUUUUCUGUGAAGGUGUGCAGCAUGUGGGAGCUGACUGUCACAGACAGCCGUUUUCCUGCAUACUCCUGGUACUACCUCAAUUCUUUUCUAAAUGAGCUUUAAUAAAGGUUAAUAAAAUUUUAGAUUCUUGCAUGUUUUGAGAAUAUUUACAUGGACCAAAAAAACCUCAGCUAUGUAUGUAGUCUUUUCACUUCUGUUCCUAAGUAUCAGUGUUGUUUGGAUAAGGUGGUCUUACGUGUCAAGGUUUUACCUAUUACAACUAAAUGGAAACAAAAGCUGCAAAUAGUUAAAUGUUUUUUAUUCAGUAGUUAAGGUUUUUUAAUAAAAGCUUUUGGUCUUGUUUUUGUUUUUUAAUGUUAUAUCCAUACUCUUCUUAAAAAACUUAAAUGGGAAAAGGGUAGUAGCAGAUAUGUUUUAGCUGCCAGGGUUGGAUGUGGUAUAGCUAAUGUGUUGCUUAAAAACAGAAGUGUGGUUACUUUUCACCUUUGCCAGUUGCUAGAAAAGAUUUCUAAGACUGAAGAACUCACUACCAGAGUUUGAGUUAUGGUAAUUUAAGAUCCUGUCAUCUGCUUAGAGGUCUUAAAAGUGAAGCAACUAUCUUGUUCCAUAUCCCCAGGAUCUAAAGACUUGUCUAAAUUAGGAUUUGGGAUUUCAGCUAACACCAGUUAAAGUCAGAAAUACAGAUUAUAUAAGUAUUCAUUUAAAAUCUCAGCCUGAACUUGAAGUUUGUGUUGCUUUUUCUGUACUAGACUUCUGAAUGCCUUCGUUACCCUUUACUGGCUAAUACCAUCUCGCCUUUUGUCUAGACAAAAUCUGAAAUGGUCCGAUACACUACUGUGCUCCUUCGGAGACUCAUGCUUGCUGAUGAUGAGAAGUAAAAACUUAAUCUUAAUAAAGCAUAUAUUUUGUAGAAAUUGGAAAUGUCUUGGUCACUACUAGUGAAUGGACUCAGUAUUGCUGAAAGCACAAAUACAGAGUUUUGAAAUAAUUUCUGCAUUGAUAUCAACUAACAGUUUGAGCUGGGCAAUUUCAAAAGAAAAUGGUAAUGGGUCAAAGUUUUUAUUAAUUAAAUUGGGGAUUUUUAGCCACUGAUCCGAAAAGAAAAGGAAAAGGAAUAGAUCUACUAGCAAAAAUGGGUCGAUCUAAUUCUAGAUCACAUUCGUCAAGAUCAAAGUCCAGAUCUCAGUCCAGCUCUAGAUCAAGAUCCAGAUCACAUUCAAGAAAAAAGAGAUACAGCUCCAGGUCUCGGUCAAGGACGUACUCCCGAUCUCGGAGCAGAGAUCGUGUUUAUUCUCGAGAUUAUCGCAGAGAUUACAGGAAUAAUAGAGGAAUGAGACGUCCCUAUGGUUACAGAGGAAGAGGUAGAGGGUAUUACCAAGGAGGAGGCGGUAGAUACCAUCGUGGAGGCUAUAGGCCUGUGUGGAACCGAAGACACUCCAGAAGCCCUCGGCGCGGCCGCUCCCGUUCCAGAAGUCCAAAACGAAGGUCGGUGUCUUCCCAGAGGUCCCGGAGCAGGUCUCGUCGAUCUUACAGAUCUUCCCGGUCCCCGAGGUCCUCUUCAUCUCGUUCUUCAUCCCCAUACAGCAAAUCACCCAUCUCUUCCAAAAGACGUGCAUCUCUGGAAAAGCAGGCAAAGAAAACUGAAGGGGCUCCUUUGCAAGACAGUCCCUUGAAAAAUAAAUCACAGGAUGAACCGAAAGAUACAUUUGAACACGACCCAUCGGAGUCUCUUGACGAUUUUAACAAAUCAUCAGCAGCUUCUGGCGACAUUUGGCCCGGCCUUUCAGCGUAUGAUAACAGUCCAAGGUCACCCCAUAGUCCUUCUAUUGCCACCCCACCUAGCCAGAGUUCAUCUUGCUCUGAUGCCCCUCUGCUUAGCACAGCCCACUCAGCAAAGGACACACCUCAGCAUUCCCAUUCCAUUCAGCAUAGUCCUGAGAGAUCUGGCUCUGGUUCUCUUGGAAAUGGUUCUAGCCGCUAUAGUCCUUCUCAGAAUAGCCCAUUGCAUCAUAUCCCUUCGAGGAGAAGCCCUGCAAAGACAAUCCCAUCACAGAGUGCCCCCCGUGAGGAGGCUCGAGUGCGGUCAUUUUAUCCUGAGGGUGGUGAACAGGAAACUGCAAAAGGUGGAAAGUUUAUGAAAAGGUACACAGAUGAAGAGUCUAGAGUAUACCUGCUUGAUAGGGGUAAUACCAGGGAGAAGGAGGCCCAGAAGGAGAGAGGAUCAGAAAAAGGGAGGACAGAGGGAGAAAGGGAAUGGGAGGAACAGGAAACUUUAGAUUUUUUCGUUGAUAAAGAGACUGGGAAGGAAAAGUUUAAUGACUCUGAAGGGGAGGACACAGAGGAGACAGAGGAUUACAGACAGUUCAGAAAAUCUGUCCUGGCAGAUCAGGGUAAAAAUUUUCCUACUGCAUCUCACCGGAAUGCUGAGGAGGAAGGAACCAAAUACAAAUCUAAAAUAUCAAUCAAGGGCACUAGAGAGAGCGAUGGAUUUAGAGAUGAGAAAAGUUAUAAGCUUAAAGAGACUGGCUAUGUAGUGGAAAGGCCUAGUGCAACAAAAGAUAAGCACAAGGAAGAAGACAAGAGUUCUGAGAGACUAAUGAUGAAGAAAGAAACUCAGUCACCUGAGCAGGUAAAGUCUGAAAAGCUCAAAGAACUCUUUGAUUACAGUCCUCCUCUACACAAGAAUCUGGAUGCGAGAGAAAAAUCCACCUUCAGAGAGGAGAGCCCACUUAGGAUCAAAAUGAUAGCCAGUGACUCCCAUCGUCCUGAAGUUAAACUCAAAAUGGCACCAGUACCUCUUGAUGAUUCCAAUAGACCUGCUUCCUUGACUAAAGACAGGCUGCUUGCUAGCACACUUGUCCAUUCCGUCAAGAAGGAGCAAGAGUUCCGAUCCAUCUUUGACCACAUUAAGUUGCCACAGGCCAGCAAAAGCACAUCAGAGUCAUUUAUUCAGCACAUUGUGUCCUUGGUUCACCAUGUCAAAGAGCAAUACUUCAAGUCGGCUGGAAUGACCCUAAAUGAGAGGUUCACUGCGUAUCAAAAAGCAACUGAAGAGCACUGCACCCGACAAAAGAGCCCAGAAAUACAUAGGAGGAUUGACAUCUCUCCAAGCACCCUGAGGAAGCAUACCCGUUUAACAGGUGAAGAGAGAGUCUUUAAGGAAGAAAGUCAAAAAGGAGAUAAAAAAUUAAGGUGUGAUUCUGCUGAUCUUCGGCAUGACAUUGACCGACGUAGAAAAGAACGAAGUAAGGAGCGAGGAGACUCAAAGGGUUCCAGGGAAUCCAGUGGGUCAAGAAAGCAAGAGAAAACUCCAAAAGAUUACAAGGAUUACAAAUCUUACAAAGAUGACAGUAAACAAAAAAGAGACCAAGACCGUGCUCGGUCCUCUCCAUCUUCCUCCCCAUCUUCUUCCUCAUCCAGUUCUCGAGAAGAAAAGGAUUGCAAGAAAGAAAGAGAUGAAGAGUUCAAAACCCACCAUGAACAGAAAGAAUACUCUGGUUUUGCUGGAGUCAACAGGCCAAGAGGCACCUUUUUUCGAAUUAGGGGCAGAGGAAGAGCCAGAGGAGUCUUUGCUGGAACAAAUACUGGUCCCAGCAACUCAAAUACUACUUUUCAGAAGAGACCGAAGGAAGAGGAAUGGGAUCCUGAAUAUACCCCAAAAAGCAAGAAAUACUUCUUGCAUGAUGACAGAGAUGAUGGUGUGGAUUAUUGGGCCAAAAGAGGAAGAGGCCGUGGUACUUUCCAGCGUGGCAGAGGGCGUUUUAACUUCAAAAAGUCAGGUAGCAGUCCGAAGUGGACACAUGACAAAUAUCAGGGGGAUGGCAUUGUGGAAGAUGAGGAAGAAACAAUUGAGAAUAAUGAAGAAAAGGACAGACGCAAAGAGGAAAAGGAAUAACCCGGAAGAAGGUUGUACCUGAAAGAGCAGCUCUUGCACCACCCACACAACAUUUUUAAUAUGUUUUUUGUUGUCAAAUGAAUGUAAGCAUUUUACUUAAAUUUUACUGUUGGAAAGUAGUUUAGAGAGAUUGUUUUCGUUUUAAGCCUUUAGAAAAAAAUCAUGAUAUAGUAAACUAUGUUAAUGAUCGUACAGGUAGAAAGUAAAAUAUUUGUAACAACUUUUAAGAAAUUUUACUGUUUGUUAUAUGCAGUGUAAUUCUGCUUUGUCCAAAUACAUGGUCAAGUACAACUCUAAAAGUUUUGAUUCUCCCCUAUGUCUGUGUUUUAUUCUGAAGUAAACUUACAGCUCUGCACACCUAAAA